GCUCAUCGUUAACCUCAUUCGCAUAUGCCUUGCGGACGAGCUUCGGAUCGUCCAUUUCUAAUGUGUACAGCGAGAUCUCUGAUCAAUUCUCACAUCCCGAGUUGACCCAGUGAGUGGUGGAGUCGCGCGAGUCAGCGUCGCCGUUAUCACGGUGGUUGUUGGCGGCGGUUGCGGUGGUGCUAGGGCAGCAAGAUGGUGGAUCCGGCGAACACUCCACUCGGACGAAUGUUAUUGGACGAGAUCACACCCGUUGUCAUGGUGCUUCGAACGAACCUCGUCGAAGAGACUUGUCAAAAGAAUGGCCUCAGCUUGAUUCAAAUGCUCAGCCCUUUCUGUGCCUUCGACAACAUUGAUGUACCUGUACGGACAGCGAGUGAUCAACCCUACAGGCUUCAGAAGUUCAAGUUACGGUUGUUCUACGCGUCUGACAUUCGGCAGCCCGAUGUAGAGGUUGCAAAGGAGCGGGUGAAAGAGGUUAUUACUCAUGCAGGGGAGGAAAAUUUUUUGAACUUGUGUUCAGACCCACCUCAAAUUGAGACUGUACUCACUACCUCCCAAUCUGAACUCAUACCGUCAUGGUUUCCGUUCUUCAACAAAGAGCUAGUACGAACAGUCUCUUUUUCAGAUCAUGAAGCUUUUGACCAUCCUGUGGCAUGUCUUUUGGUUGUUUCUUCAAAGGAUGAAGAGCCUAUCAAUAGAUUUGUUGACCUUUUUAACAGUGAUCAGUUGCCUUCACUUCUUAGUGAUGGAGCAAUGGAUCCAAAGAUUCUGAAGUAUUAUCUGUUGCUGCAUGAUAACCAAGAUGGCACAUCAGAGAAAACAACCAAAUUUUUAACGGAGAUGAGGAGUACAUUUGGCUCAAAUGAUUGUGGGCUGCUGUGCGUUAACUCCUCUCAAGAUGGUUUAGUAGAACAUCAGGAAAAUCCAUGGGCUCUUCAUAGAACUGAGUCUUCACCGAAUCAUCGUCUUGGUUGCUUUCUUAACAUUGAUGAUAUGGAUGAGCUACAAAAUGUCAUGCAAGAUCUGUCAUCUAAACACAUAAUUCCUCACAUGGAGCAAAAAAUCCGUGUCCUUAAUCAACAGGUCUCUGCAACAAGGAGAGGUUUCAGAAAUCAAAUAAAAAACUUAUGGUGGAGAAAAGGGAAAGAAGAUACACCAGACACCCAGAAUGGUCCUAUGUAUACUUUUAGCUCCAUUGAAUCUCAAAUAAGAGUUUUAGGUGAUUAUGCCUUCAUGCUACGAGAUUAUGAACUCGCACUGUCAAAUUAUCGACUACUUUCCACGGAUUACAAGAUUGACAAAGUGUGGAAACGCUAUGCUGGUGUACAGGAAAUGAUGGGACUAACAUACUUCAUGUUGGAUCAGUCAAGCAAGGAUGCUGAAUAUUGCAUGGAGAAUGCAUUUAACACAUAUUUAAAACUUGGGUCGUCUGGUCAGCGAAUUGCUACAAGGUGUGGUCUUUGGUGGGUAGAAAUGUUGAAGACAAGGGAUCAGUUUAAAGAGGCUGCUACUGUUUACUUUCGUAUUUCUGGUGAGGAACCCCUACAUUCGGCUGUCAUGCUGGAGCAAGCAUCUUAUUGCUACUUGUUUGCGAAACCACCAAUGUUACGCAAAUAUGGAUUCCAUCUUGUUCUUUCAGGUGAUCUGUAUAAGAAAUGUGAUCAGAUGAAGCAUGCAAUUCGCACAUACAGAGGUGCUUUAACUGUUUUUGAAGGAACUAAAUGGAGCCAUAUCAGGGAUCAUGUUCAUUUCCAUAUUGGAAAAUGGUAUGCAUUUCUUGGGAUGUUUGAUGUGGCAAUUAAUCAUACAUUGGAAGUCCUGGCCUGUGGCCAUCAAUCGAAGACAACACAAGAGUUAUUCCUGAGGGACUUUUUUCAAAUUGUUCAGAAAACAGGGAAAACAUUUGAGGUAUCAAUGCUUCAAUUGCCUGUCAUUGACAUCCCUUCACUCAAGGUUGUUUUUGAAGAUCAUCGAACUUAUGCAUCGUCUGAAGCAGUUGGUGUUAAAGAAAGUCUGUGGCGGUCUUUGGAGGAGGACAUAAUGCCUUCAUUGCCUACCAUUAGGAGCAACUGGCUGGAACCACGAGCAAAACUCCUAUCAAAAAAAUUGAAAGAGUCGAAUGUUUGUGUGGCAGGAGAAGCAAUUAAAGUAGAAAUCGGAUUCAAGAAUCCACUUCAAAUCCCUAUUUCUAUCUCUAGUGUUUCCCUAAUAUGUGAGCAUUCUGCAAGAUCUGAUGAAAUUGAAGUUGAUCCAAAUGGCACAUCUACUGAGAAUCAGAAUGAUGACCAAUUCAGAAAAUUAGCCACUAGUGGGGAAUGUAGCUCAGAAAUGUCCUCAUUUACAGUGUCUGAGGUUGACAUUUCAUUGGGAGGAGGUGAAACACUUUUGGCACAAUUAACUGUUACUCCCAGACUAGAAGGCACACUGAAAAUAGUUGGUGUAAGGUGGAAAUUGUCAGGUUCAGUAGCUGGUUUCUUUGACUUCAAUUCCGACUUGGUAAAGAAGAAAGUUGCAAAGAAAAGAAGGAAAACUACACAGCCUACGACUGAUAACCUGGAGUUUUUGGUGAUUAAGACGCUGCCCAAGCUUGAGGGCUGCAUUCGUCACCUUCCUAAAACAGUUUAUGCAGGAGACUUACGGCUUCUUGAUUUAGUGUUGAGGAACCCAUUCGAAACUUCUGUGAAGAGUAUAAAGAUGAAGAUCAACCAUCCAAGAUUUCUAAGUAUUGGAAACCAGGAAGUUAUGGAUAUGGAAUUUCCUGCUUGCCUAGAAAAGAUGAAUUCUGCAGAGAGUGAUGCACGGGUUAAAACCAAUUCUACAUCAGACACAGUGUUUCUGUUUCCAGAGGAUGCACUAAUUCAUGGAGAAACUCCAUUCGUUUGGCCUCUUUGGCUUCGGGCUGCUACUCAUGGAAACAUUUCAUUGUACAUAACAAUAUAUUAUGAGAUGGGAGAUACAUCAACCGUGAUGAGAUAUCGCGUUUUGCGCAUGCAUUAUAAUUUAGAGGUGUUACCAUCAUUGGAUUUGUCAUUUCAAAUUAGCCAUUGUCCUUCAAGAUUACAAGAGUUCCUUGUUCGGAUGGAUGUUGUCAACAGGACAAGUUCAAAGAGUUUCCAGGUUCAUCAAUUAUCAUCUGUUGGAAAUAAGUGGGAAAUCUCAUUGCUUCAACCUAUUGAUAGCAUUUUUCCUUCGGAACUCCUAUUGGCUGGUCAAGCGCUGUCAUGUUUUUUCAAGCUCAAGAAUGGCAGGAAUUCUGUAAUUGAUAAAGAUGAGGACUAUUCUAUUUCCACUUUGGAGGGAUCUGAUAUCAGAUUGAGCUGUAGCAGCAAUGAACCUCUGUUUGAUAUAUAUAGGUCUCCUUUAGUUGAUUUCCACCAUUAUGAGAGAGUGCACCAGGGAACGGCUCAGGAAAAUCCAAAUACAGUUGACUUCAUAUUGAUCUCUCGGCCACAGAGGAGUGAAGGUGACUCUGAGCAACCCAACAACCUCUUCUCUCAUCAUGCAUGUCAUUGCAGUAUUGCGAAUACAAGCCCAAUAUGGUGGCUAAUGGAAGGCCCACGGACCAUACACCAUAACUUCUCUUCUUCUUUCUGCAAAAUAAAGCUUAAGAUGACCGUCCACAAUUCUUCUGAUGCUGUUGCAUCAAUUCGCAUUGAGAGAUCUGAUUCCACCUCUAGUGCCAAUACAACUUCAGUUCCUUCUGGAAAUGAAGCUGGGUGGCAUGAUAUAUCUCUGCUGAACGAUGUUAAAGUCACAUCCGAUGUCCUUGGAACUCGAGUCGGGAAGUCACUUCCACAAGAGUGUGUUUCCCCAUUCAUUUGGUCUGGGACGAGUUCUACCCGAUUCAAGCUCGAGCCAAUGUCCACAACCGAAAUUCCUCUCCAGAUAUGCGUCUUUUCGCCUGGUACAUAUGAUCUGUCUAAUUACAUUCUACAUUGGAAUUGUUUACCGUCAAAUGAUCAAGUAAAUCAAAGGGCUGGAGGAACAAAAAAGUCUUCAGGGACGUGCCAAGGGCAUCCGUAUUAUCUUACAGUGCUGCAAUCAUCAUGACCCUUUAUCUGGUAUGAUUCGUCUUUCGACAAUUUGCGAAAUAUCAUAUCUUGUUUGUAUUAAUUUCUGUUACCUUUAGUUUGUAAAUUAUAUUCUUGUGAUACAUUUUAUACGACAGUAGGAAUUAUGGAAAAAGGGUGGAAAAACAAAGAAGAGAUGAGAAAAAGAAAAAAAAAGGAGCAGAUUAUUUUUUGUUGUUUACAUAAUAAGAGCGAUGAAAUUGAGUUGAUUCGGUUACCUUUUUGGUAUACUCACCUUCACUUUUAACUAAUGAUAGAUGGCUUUUGUUUGUCAAUUCAA